CCUCCCUCCCACCCUUCUCGCUGUGGAAUUCUACGACGAAUAUUUAUUCACGGUAUUGUUCGUUGUAUAUUGUCGACGAUGUUCGAAUCAAGAAAGGAAAAUUGAACUGAUCUAAACGUGCACUUGCACGUGUCCCAGUAAACGAUAACCAACAGUAACAUUACAUUAGUGUUAUAAUUGCUCACAAUAUAAGCACAUUACAACAUGUCAUAUGUAAAUAGUCUUAAAGGCUUGGAAAAAAACUGGAUUUUUUCGCGAAUUUUUUUAGUUUCUUUCCAAAAAUAAAAAAAAACGGUUUUUUAAAACUAUAUAUAACAGUUACAUCGUUGAGUGGGAAAUUAUAACAUUCAUAUAAUGUUAUUGUUAGGUGAUGUUUAUUAGGAGUAUGAGUAUCCCUGAAAAGGUUAAUCAUUACAAUAUCCAUAUUUUGGAUAUGACGUGUAUACGGUGAAUGUGUAUGUACCGAAGAGAUUCUACACGGCACUAUUUUGCUUCUCUUGACGUCACCAGUAUUUUCCAUUAUUCCGUUCUAAGAGUCAAUUAUUUAUCGAUGAUAAUAUCUAUUGAUCAUCGGCGCAAUUGUUGUAAUUGCGAUCGUAGUCGAAAGACUCGUUAUUGUGACACAUUUACCAAAUUGUAAAUUCGGGAUAUGUAGGAGUAUUACAUAUUAUUUUUAGAAAUUUUACCAUAUUUACAUCGCGUAUAUGCGAAAUGUAUUCUGCGUGUAGUGGAGAAGUGAAGACGUGAAGGACCGGAGGAUUGUAAGAAUCGCGGAAUCCUGAUUUGAACCCCUAAGUCGAUUAACUGAACAAUAUUGGGACCUGAAUAGUGCCUUUUACUAAUCGGAAUGUCAAGUGUCGGAUGAUAGAACCUGCCUUUGUAGUACCUAGAAAUCAUUAAUCUUAAGAUUAAUUAAGCUCCUUUGAGAAAAAAAAAUCAUCCUCCACUUGUCGACUUCCGUUUUAAUUGCAUUCGUAAUUGUGUUCAGCAAUGAAUUACAUAUAUUUACAUAUAUAUACAUAUAUAUAUAUUUUUUUUUUAAUAUAAAUAAUAUAGAUAGGUUAUUUGUGGCAGUGGAUUUAAAAAUUGCUGCCAGUAAGUUAGCAAUGUUAUUUGUUAGACUCCUUUCUGCGUGCAUCGAUUCCGAUAAUUAGACAAAGUCGAGAAUCUAUAAUUUUGUUGUACGGCCAACUCCAUUGCUCUAUUCCUAUAGUUUUGUAGACUCCCUACACGAGAAUCUCACGACUGAACAGAUGAAAUCGUGGAGAUAUGCAUUUCUACAUGGUCUCAAGUAAUUAUAUACAAUGUUUAAAGUGAAUAGGGUAAGAAAUAAUGGAAGCAUAGGAGCGUAUAUAGUCCCGAAGAUGACAAUAUUAAUUCCUCGUGCAUAACUAUUACAUACAAGUUGUCUUUAUUAUAUAGGUAAGCCGUCGUGUUUAUAUCCGUAAAACAUAAAAGUAACGUGACGGCAUAUGGUAUAAAAUAACAGAGCAAUUCUCGCUGCAGAUAUCGUAUUUAUUCGCGUAACGCGUUCAUCGAGAAAUUUAAUUCUUAAGUCUAAAGGAUAAUAUUUUUCUGCCCGACGUGUUACUCGCUAACGCUUGCUCCUAAUAUAAUAUCACACGAUAUUCACACUGCGAAAAUAAUACUCUAUUACUGUUUGCGAGUGCGCGUUACCCGCGAAUGAUAUAGAUUUUUUUACUCCAUUUAUUUACACUUUUGAUUAGCGCUCCAGCGUCGUAGACGUAGAGAAUAACAGCCUUGUUUAGUUAGCUGUGAUUAACGACGCAUGCGUAUGCUUAUUCCUAAGAAAUUUUGUACCGCCUUAUAUCAUAUACGUCAAUAAAAAUGCUAUAUAUUGACUAUGAUGGCCAGAAAGGAAAAGAAAGUCAGCCUUUUCAAGUUCCAAAUAAUCCAGAAAAUAUGGAAUGAAAAUUGACUAUGGUCAAUUAUUCUUCUAAAAAAUUUUACUAUUUCUUCACUAUAACUCCAAUUGCUCGAGGACAAAGGCGUGUUCGUUCCAGUAUAGUUAUAGUUCAAUGGUCUGAAUGCAGCCAUUGUUCGAAGAAAACGGAAGAAGAGAUGAAGGAUGCGGUGUAAUCUUUGAGAAAAAUGGAGGAACAGAUGAACGAUGCAACUUUUGAAAAAUCUCCCCGGGGGCAACCGCAGGAAACGGCCAGGAAAGAGAUAAUUAUCGAGGUAGACGAGGACAAUCCAUGUCUGCGAAAAGAUGAAUCGCAAGAGCAGAUAUCAUUAUUAGGCAGACAUUUCGAUUAUGAUCCAAGAUUUCAGCAGCAAAAUCAAACGCAGAGAUGCUUCGUCAUGUACACUGACUUUUAUCGCUGCGAGCAUAUCUUGGGCGAAGGUACCGAGGCGUGCGCGUGGUUUAAAGAUGUCUUCAAGUCUAUAUGCCCAAACGCUUGGAUAGAAAAUUGGGAUGAACUUAGACUCUCAGGUCGAUUAGCCUGGCACAAAUAUAAGACUCAGGGUGCUUUCCCUGGUUACAAAUAUGGCAUAUGAAGAUCAUUUUUGGAUGAUUUCAUAUAACGAAUGAUCAAAAUUACCUUUAAGAAUUAUUUAUUAUAUAUAUUAUAUAUAUUAUACUCUAACUACAAGAAUUAUGAUUGGGUAAUACAUAAUAGCAAUAAAUGAUGAAAUCUACAUAUAUAUAUAAACAUCUCAUGAUCAUAAAACGCAAGGAUUUAAAAAAUAUGAGUUACAAACAGAUUUUUAGUGCAAAAAUUUUAGAACAUUAAAGCUCUCAGUCUAUCGCUGCAACAACCCUUUAUUGAUGACGUUAAAAGCGAGAAAAUGCAUGCCAAAAAUUCUUGCAUUAUAUAUUCCAUUAAAAAGAUAUACUCACAAAAUUACAUUUAUUAUGACAUUCACAAUUGUGAUCGAACGUAUGGAAAUAUAAC